AUGAAGUUCUCUCUCUUUGCAGUUUCCGUCCUCCCUUAUUUGGUGAAUGCUGACAACAACAGUGUUCGUCGCCUUUCCUUUGAAAAGAUUGCAGGAUACGCACCUGGAUCUCAGGUAACCGAUCAUUGCGCUAUUGAUCUGGAUCAACAAGCCAUUGAGUUCGAGCUCGCCAAGGCCACUGACGACUCGUUUGCCCUGGCCAAGAGGAUCUACAACCAAGGUGCCCACUCCAAGUCCUAUGCGGACAUCACCCUUUCGUCUGGCCUCACAACUUCGGUCAACAAGGGAAAGGCAAUGAUUGGAAAGGACUCGCAAGGACGUGACGUUGCAGGAGUUGCCUUUGAAACCUACCAAGCUGGAACCACUGCCAUUCGAUUCGAAUAUGGCACUAGUGAUAUCCAAACUUCCUACGUCAACUGCCAAGUAGGAGCGCUUGGUGAAGCCGGAAAUCUGGAUGGGUGCAUUGCUGCCAAUGGCUCCAUUACUAUUGAGGGAUCCAACUAUGGCUACACCUACGAUCCCGCCACCAACAAUGACAAUGGACGUACCAUUGCCGGGUUCUCCACAGAGGCUGGACAAAAAAUGCGCACCGACUGUCCCGGAUGUCCUUACACUGACUUCAUGUAUUUCAAGGAUUAUUAUGGUGUCGAUGACUAUGCCAACCAAUGGGUCACGGCUGCUUUGGAUGGAACUGCUACCAGCUUUGACAAUGGCGACGCCGACUUUUCUCGGUAUUCGUUCGCCGGCCGUUCUGAAGCCGUCAAGAAGGGAACCGUCUUCAUGAACAUUUUCAUGUACGUUAUUCGUGAAUUCGAAGAUGCUCUUGACGACUGCAAGAAGGAUUGCAUUGACUGCAACGACGAUCCAGUCCACGCCUGGGAUGAAGGUGUCUGCUUUUACACGGGAUCCAUUGAAGGAAAGGAUGGUUUGACUUCAAAUGGAAAGCUUCUUCAUCAAUUGGCAGAUAAGCGCUGUAUCAAUUUCAAGACUUGCGGUCAAAAUAGUGGGGAACUAUCGGGAACUGCCAAGGUGAACUACGACCUCUUCCAAAAGUACGAGUUGGGCAAGCAACAAUUGGAAUCAUCACAGUGUGAUGCCGCACGCAUUACUACUGCCGAGGUUACCAAGCUAAUGUACAUUCCUUUCAUUCAAGGAACUCUCCGAUAUGCUUACAAGCUCGAUGCCCUCAAUGAGGGAGAAAAGUCUGCCGCUGAGGGUGCCACAUUUGCGGCUGCCGUCCUUCCCCGUAUCCAUGCAGCAUCUCCGGAAGCCGCCCAGACCAUCUAUGACAACAUGAAGGUGGGUGCUACCAGCACUAGCUUUUCGGAUGUCAAGGCUGCUUUCGAAUCUGUCUACUCGGAUCUUGGAAUUACAUGCAGAGAUAUUGGUGGACUUUGGAAUGAGGCUUUGGACGAGUACUAUGGAGGCAUGGAGCCAUGUGGUGGAGCCUUCUCUGCUGCUACUACUUCCACCACCAGUAGCAAGGCAAUGAUUGUUGCCAUUACUGGAGCAGCUGCUCUUUUCGUGGGUUUCUUUUAA